AUGCGCUCAGAUGUCCAACGCAGGCCCACCUUCCGCCGCCUGGAAGGCCCAGGUGUGGCUGGAGGGCGGCUGAAAGGGUCAGAACACGGGACUAUUCUCAACUUUGGGCUUUUACACAGCAGUUUCAAAGACAAAGGGGCUUUUCAGCGAGAGGUGGAUGGCCGCGACAUUCCAGGGAGGAAAAACGGGGGGGUGAGGGGGGGCAAAGACGCCCUUCUGACCUCCUACCUCGGUGACGCGUCCCACCACGCCCGCGAGGAGCCCUCAGGCUACGCCUUCGCCGCGCUCGCUCCCCUAGCUCCGAUCCUCGGCGGGGGGAGGGGCGCGGUGCGGCCGGCGCUCUCUGAUUGGCUCCCGCGUCGGUGGGGAGCGGACGUUGGAAAUUGCUGGAAGUUGGAGGCAGGGGAGCGGUCACUCGCGGCGAGCGCCGGCGGCGGCCAGGGCGCAAAGUUGAGAGCAGUCCCUAGUCUGAGCCUUUCAGUCGCCCUCCAGUAUCAUCAGUACCACGGACUUCACCAUGGACUUACCACUUGCUGCGGCCCCUCAGCAACCCAGUGCACCUGCCACUCCACCAGAGGGAAACCAGUCAGGAGUGGGAGGCCUCUGAACAAGCUGUAUUCUGUGUAGCCGCCAGCUUCCAUUUUUCUCCAGGCAGAACGCUGGCCCUCAGCACCUCUUUCUGCUUCCCCUUGGUCAGACCACUGAGGACUGCCGCUGUCCUGUCUGACUCCUCCUGUUUCGGU